GUACAAAGAGGACGGUAAGAAGGAGAUGAACAUCAGCCUGUACUCCUUACUGCCUGAAACCAUGGAGACUCAGCACGCUAAAGAGGUGUCAGACCUGCAGAGUGAGGUGAAGUAUAAAGAGGGUCUGAAGCAGAAGAUUCAACACAGUUUGUACCAUCAGCUUCCAGAGACCACAGAGACUCAGCUGGCCAAGCAGCUGUCGGAGCUGCAGAGCGAGACCAAGUAUAAGGAAGCAGGAAAGAAGGAGACCAGCAGCUGCCUGUACUCUCUGCUGCCCGCAACCCUGGAGACUCAGCACGCCAAGGAGACGUCGGAGAUGCUGAGCGAGGUGAAGUACAGGGAGAGUGGGAAGAAGGACAUGUCCAACAGCAUCUACUCUACGAUGUCUGACACCCCAGAAACCUGCUUUGCCAAGGAGAUGAGGGACGUGCUGAGCCAGACUAAAUACAAAGAGAAGGGGAUGAAGACUCUCUGUCAGACUCUUUACAGCCAGCUGCCAGAAACCGCUGAGACUCAGUUCGCCAAAAACGUCGCUGAGCUGCAGAGCCAGACAAAGUACAAUAAAGGAAAGGAGAACUUGUCGAGCUCUCUGUACUCCACUCUGCCAGAGACUCUGGACACGCUGCACGCCAAAGAGGCCGCUCAGCUGCAGAGUCAGCUGAAUGACAGAGCGGCGCUGAAGAAAGACCUCUCUUCGAGUCUGUUCCAUCAGCUGCCAGAGACUUUGGAGACAGCCUAUGCUAAAGAGGUCUCUGAGCUGCUCAGUGAGGUGAAGUACAAAGAGGACGGUAAGAAGGAGAUGAGCAUCAACCUGUACUCCUUACUGCCUGAGACCAUUGACUCUCAACACGCUAAAGAGGUGUCAGACCUGCAGAGCGAGGUGAAGUAUAAAGAGGGUCUGAAGCAGAAGAUUCAACACAGUUUGUACCAUCAGCUUCCAGAGACCACAGAGACUCAGCUGGCCAAGCAGCUGUCGGAGCUGCAGAGCGAGACUAAAUACAAGGAGGCCGGCAAAAAGGAGGUGAGGACGAGUCUGUACUCGCUGCUGCCUCAAACCAUGGAGACGCAGCGAGCCAAGGAAGCUUCAGAGCUGCUCAGUGAGAUCAAGUAUAAGGAAAGUGGGAAGAAGGAGCUGUCCAGCUCCCUGUACCACACGCUUCCAGACACUUUAGAAACCGCAUUUGCCAGAGAGGUGACGGACAUGCUGAGCGAGAGCAAAUACAAGGACGGGAAGAAAAACCUGGCUCAGAGUUUUUACUCUCAACUGUCCCAAACUGCAGAGACUCAGUUCGCUAAGACAGUUUCUGAGCUGCAGAGCGAGGUGAAGUAUAAAGAAGCUGGAAAGAAAGAAGCAAUAAACUCCAUGUACUCGACGCUACCCGAGACUCUGGAAACCAAACACGCUAAAGAGGCGUCUGAGCUGCAGAGCCAGCUGAAGUACAGGCAGAGUCGAAGCGCAGAAGGACCCAGCCUUUACCAUCACAUGCCGGAAACCAUCGACACUCAGUUUGCCAGAGAGCAGAUGGAGGUUCUCAGUGAGGUCAAAUACAAGGAAGACGGCAAAAAGGAUCUGAGUGUCAGUCUGUAUUCUGUGCUUCCUGAAACCCUGGAAACGCAGCGCGCCAAAGAGCUGAGCGAGAUGCUGAGUGAGGCGAAAUACAAAGAAGACAGUAAGAAGCAGAGCUCAGCGUCUUUGUACCACCAACUACCUGAAACUCUGGAGACGCAGCACGCCAAAGAGGCUGCACUGCUGCAGAACCAGCUCCUGUACAAAGAAGCUGUGAAGAAGGAGUUGUCACGUCCGGUUUACCACCAGCUUCCUGAGACCCUGGAGACCCAGUUCGCUCGGGAGGUCACCGACUUACAGAGUCAA